UCAAGUUGCCCUCAGCGGGUACAGUGUUGCCUCCUCCAGCCUUCGCCAUGUUGUCUGUCUGAGUUUGUUGCACAAGUUUACUGUUUUGUUUUGUUUUUCUUGCAUUGAAAACAACAAGAUGUCGAACGUGUCAUAUCACGUCUCCAACCUGUUGGAGAAAAUGACAUCGACUGACAAAGACUUUAGGUUCAUGGCCACGAAUGACCUGAUGCUGGAGCUGCAGAAGGACAACAUCAAACUGGAUGAGGACAGUGAGAGGAAGGUGGUGUCCAUGCUGCUCAAACUGCUGGAGGACAAGAACGGGGAGGUUCAGAACCUGGCAGUGAAAUGCCUGGCGCCUCUGGUGAGUAAGGUGAAAGAGCCUCAGGUGGAGACGAUGGUGGACACGCUGUGCUCCAACAUGUUGUCGGACAAGGAACAGCUGAGGGACAUUUCCAGUAUGGGACUGAAGACGGUGAUCGCCGAGCUGCCGCUGUCCUCGUCAGGUUUGACUCUGACGACGAGCGUCUGUAAGAAAAUCACCUCACAGCUGAUCGGCGCCAUGGGCAAACAGGAGGACGUGUCCGUCCAGCUGGAGGCCCUGGACAUCCUGUCGGACAUGUUAGGACGGCUCAGUGGUGCACUGGUCAGCUUUCAUAGCUCUUUGCUCUCCAGUCUCCUCCCUCAGUUGACCAGCCCCAGAAUGGCGGUCAGGAAGCGUUCCAUCUUGGCUCUCGGUCACCUGGUGCCGUGCUGCAGCCCCGCCCUCUUCUCCCAGCUCACACAGCACCUGUUGACGGAGCUGGCCAAGGCUCCGCCCACGUCAGUGACCAGGACGUACAUCCAGUGCCUGGCGACCAUCAGCCGUCAGGGUGGCCAUCGAGUCGGCGAGCAUUUAGAAAAACUGAUCCCCAUGGUUGUUAAAUUCACCGAUGUGGAGGAUGAUGAGCUGAGAGAGUACUGUUUCCAUGCCUUUGAAGCCUUUAUACGCAGGUGUCCAAAGGAGAUGUCCCCCCAUGUUGCCAUGGUGACCAAGCUCUGUCUUAAGUUCAUGACGUUUGACCCCAACUACAACUACGACGAGCAUGACGAUGGUGACAGCAUGGACAUCGAGGACGGCUUCGAUGACGAAUCAGACGACGAGUACAGCGACGACGACGACAUGAGCUGGAAGGUGCGGCGCUCGUCCAUCAAGUGUCUGGAGGCGCUGAUCGACUCGCGCCGCGACCUCCUCCUCUCCUUCUACGCCUCCAUCUGCCCGCCGCUGCUCGCACGCUUCAAGGAGCGCGAGGAGAACGUGAGGGCGGACGUCUUCGCCGCGUUCUCCACGCUGCUGAGACAGACGCGCGUGAGGACCAGUCACCACAGCCUGGCGUCCGACCCGGGGGCGAGCAGGGCGGAGGAGGAGGAGGAGGAGCCGGCAGUCGCUGUGCUCAAGAAACAGGUGCCGCUCAUCGUGAAGGCUCUCCACCGGCAGAUGAAGGAGAAGAGCGUCAAAUCUCGUCAGGGCUGCUUCUGUCUCCUCACUGAACUCACCCACACUGCACCUGGAGCACUGGAACAGCAUAUACCUGCUUUAAUCCCAGGGAUCGUCUUCUCACUGACAGACAAGUCCACGUCGUCCACCAUGAGGAUCGACGCUCUGUCCUUCUUCCACGUCCUCCUCCUCUCUCACCCUCCUCACGCCUUUCAGCCUCACAUGCAGGUGCUGCUGCCCCCGGUGGUGGCCUGUGUAGAAGACACUUUCUAUAAGAUCACGUCGGAGGCUCUGCUGGUCACUCAGCAGCUGGUCAGGGUCAUGAGGCCGCACGGGGCGACUGCCGUCGCAGGAUUCAACCCUCAACCGUUUGUCAGAGAGGUGUUCCCUGUGACGCUGAAGAAGCUUAAAGCGACAGACAUCGACCAGGAAGUGAAAGAGCGGGCCAUUUCCUGUAUGGGUCACAUGGUGUGUCACCUUGGCGAUCACCUGGGGGCGGAGCUGCCGGGCGUUUUGGUGAUCUUUCUGGAGAGGUUAAAGAACGAGAUUACGAGACUGAUGGCAGUCCGGACCCUCACGCUUGUCGCCGCUUCUUCAAUAAAGGUGGACAUGUCAUCCAUCCUGCCUGAGGCUCUGUCCGUGUUGGGAUCUUUCUUGAGGAAGAACCAGCGAGCUCUGAAGCUCGGCUCGCUGGCCUGUCUGACCGCGCUGGUCACUCAUCACGCCGCCAGCAUCAAACCCGCGGCGCUGGAGCCUGUGACGAGUGAACUCCCCGCUCUGGUGGACGAGGGGGACAUGCACGUGUCUCAGGUGUCCAUCUCCCUGCUGACCUGCAUGACCUCAGCCUUUCCCUCCUCUCUGGCUAAGAUCAGCACGUCGGUGCUGCCCGGCGUCUUCAGACUCGUCCACUCUCCCCUGCUGCAGGGCGGCGCUCUGGCCGCCAUACUGAACUUCAUGAAGGCGCUGGUGCUGUCCAAAACCAGCAACACGGGCUACAGUCAGUUGCUGAAGUCUCUCACCGAGCCGUUUCACAGGUCUCCCUCCUCGAUGGACGGUGGCGUCAUCCACAGACAGUCCUACCACUCUGUCGCUUGCUGUGUGGGUGCUCUGUCCUCAGCUUGUCCCAAAGAGACACCGGGCACCGUCUCCAGCCUCAUACAGGAGGUGAAGAAUCCCGGCUCUCCCGAGUCGGCUCGUGUCCUGGCUCUGUUGUGUCUCGGGGAGGUGGGGAGGAGCGGCAGUCUGGGAGGAAGUAAGGAGGUGCAGGGGGUCAUCCUGGAGGCCGUCACCUCCACCAGUGAGGAGGUGAAGACGGCGGCGUCCUGCGCGUUAGGCAGCAUGGCGGUCGGGAGUCUGAGCGACUACCUGCCCUUCCUUCUGAAGGAGAUCUCCAGCCAGCCACGCAGACAGUACCUGCUUCUGCACUCCCUCAAAGACGUCAUCAGUGCCUGUCCAGCAUCUAGUCUCUCGUCCCACGUGGAGUCUAUCUGGGCGUUGCUGAUCCAGAACUGCGAGUGUCAGGAGGAGGGAACCAGGAACCUGGUGGCUGAAUGUUUGGGAAAACUGACCCUGGUCAACCCUGCGCUGCUCUUACCCAGACUGAAACAGCAACUAAAAGCUGGUUCUCCUCUGACUCGCAGCACAGUCGUCACAGCUGUCAAGUUCACUAUUGUUGAUCAUCCUGCUCCUAUAGAUUCACUGCUGAAGGACUGUAUAGGUGAUUUCUUAACAACCCUCCAGGACGGAGACAUCAACGUGCGCCGCGUCGCCUUGGUGAUGUUCAACUCGGCGGCUCAUAACAAGCCGUCACUGAUCCGCGGUCUGCUGGUGAAGGUGCUGCCUCACCUGUACAGAGAGACGCAGAUCAGGAAGGACCUCAUCAGAGAAGUGGAGAUGGGUCCGUUCAAACACACGGUGGACGACGGCCUGGACGUGCGUAAAGCAGCGUUCGAGUGCAUGUACACUCUGCUGGACAGCUGCCUGGAGGGACUGGACGUCCUCAACUUCCUGGAUCACGUAGAGGAAGGACUCAAAGAUCAUUAUGACAUCAGAAUGUUGACCUUCCUGAUGCUGGCCAGACUCGUCUCUCUGUGUCCUGCUGCGGUUCUUCAGAGACUCGACAGACUGGUGGAGCCGCUCAAAGCUACCUGCACCAGCAAGGUGAAGGCCGGUUCCGUGAAGCAGGAGUUUGAGAAGCAGGAGGAGCUGCGCCGCUCCGCCAUGCGCGCCGUCGCCGCCCUGCUGGCCGUGCCCGAGGUGGAGAGGAGCCCCAGCAUGGCCGACUUUGCCAACCAGAUCCGAACCAACGCUGAGAUGGCGUCCAUUUACCAGAGCGUGCAGGGAGGGGAGGGACACUCGGACAGCAUGGACAUGAGCUAAACACUGGACAAUCAUCAUCAUCAUCAUCAUCAUCAUCAUGUUUUUUUAUUAACUAGAUAAAGAUACAGUCGAUAAAAGGCACAGUUCAAAAUUUACAUUUUACCACUGGGCUUUUUAGUAGGAAUGUCCUCGGGAUAAAAACUCGUUCUGUGGCUUGAAUUUCUUUUUUCUUUUUCUGUUGUGCUUCCACAGUCUCGACUCAGGCUUGUUUUAGCCCAAACCUGGGCAUGAUACGGCCCUUUCGCCCUCCCUGACCGGCCCACGUGAGGUUAAUUAGAAAUUAGAAAAUAAACGUGAAUAACUGGGUUGUCCGUUCUAUUUUUUUUUCUUCUACAAGUGUCUCGGUUUAAGUUCAGGAGUUAUCAUUAUCUCCCUCCCUGUUUAUUAUCUUAUAAUCUAACACACUGGAGUGUGUAUACCACUAUUAUACUAUACUACUGUGGUGUAUACGCUACACCACAGUAGUAUAGUAUAAUAGUAUUCUUUAUUUAGUGUAGUAAUUUGUUAGUUUGUUAUAAUUGAAUAAAAAUUUUAUUUAUUGUGUGUUUGUAUGCUGCCCAAUUCACACCAAAACAAUAUAAUUUACAGCUUUUUUAUAAAGAGAUAAAACUAAUAUUGAGCAGAAUUAAUUCAGCAGUAUUUUCUAUUUCUCAUGUGGCCCCUUAGGGAAAACAAUUGCCCACCCGGUUUUAGCCUCUAAACAAAACACUCACUGAUUAAAAUCUAAAUCUGCUUCAGUCUAUGAUAUCUUAUGUUUACCACUUUAUCUCAUUGUGAACUGAAGAUUGUGAUGCUCUGUGAGCUGUUCACGCUUCCAAACCAAACCCCAUAGAGAUAAUCUGUGAUGAUCCACUGCUGCCUCCAUCGAUAAGUUCAAAUGUGUUAUUUUGUGACUUCAAUGUUUGAAAUCCUUUGUUUAGAUUUAGCGAGUGAACAAGCAGCUCCUGUGUCCGCACAUGCUAUAUCACGGUUUUCUCUAUGGAGUUUGGUGCAGGAGCGUGAGCAGUGUAUAAACUGUCCAACAGUGUAAUGUAGACUUGAGUAAGUGUUGAUCAUGACAUUGAGCAUUGUGUCCCUGUUGGGAGUUUUCAGUGUCGGAGUUUCACCAGAGUUCAUACACACAGUGCAGUCAGCACCUCAUACAACCUUGCAUCAAAAAAACUCAACUAUGCCUUUACAUUUGUCAUUGAUAAAUAAGACGGUUUUAGCACAAAGGUUUCUUCAUGUUUAUUGGUAAAACCAAAACACUGCUCUUGUAAGUACUCAGAGUUUUAUUAAAGGAAAUACACGUGUAA